UGUUAUUUUAUAUAAAUAAUUGCACGCCUAAUAUCACUAUAAUGAAAUAAAUUAUCUAUUUGCAGUAAAUCAAUAAUUCUAAUACAUUUACUAAUAAAUCUUUUAAUUUUUUGCUUUUGUUUUUUUGUAUUCAAUAUUCAUAAUAUUUUUGUCUCAUAUUAUUUAUAUCUUUUGAUAUAUUUUAUAUAAAUAAUUGCACGCCUAAUAUCACUAUAAUGAAAUAAAUCGUCUAUUUGCAGUAAAUCAAUAAUUCUAAUACAUUUACUAAACGUUUUAAUUUGGGCUUUUGUUUUUUUUUUGUAUUCAAUAUUCAUAAUAUUUUUGUCUCAUAUUAUUUAUAUCUUUUGAUAUAUUUUAUAUAAAUAAUUGCACGCCUAAUAUCACUAUAAUGAAAUAAAUCGUCUAUUUGCAGUAAAUCAAUAAUUCUAAUACAUUUACUAAACGUUUUAAUUUGGGCUUUUGUUUUUUUGUAUUCAAUAUUCAUAAUAUUUUUGUCUCAUAUUAUUUAUAUCUUUUGAUAUUUUAUAUAAAUAAUUGAACGCUUAAUAUCACUAUAAUGAAAUAAAUCGUCUAUUUGCAGUAAAUCAAUAAUUCUAAUACAUUUACUAAACGUUUUAAUCUUGGGCUUUUGUUUUUUUUUUGUAUUUAUUCAUUAUUCAUAAUAUUUUUGUCUUAUAUUAUUUACUUAUAUGUUUUUUUAUAUUUCAUAUAAAUAAUUGCACGCUUAAUCACUAUAAUGAAAUAAACUAUCUAUUUGCAGUAAAUAAAUAAUUCUAAUUCAUUUACUAAACGUUUUAAUCUUGGGCUUUUGUUUUUUUUUUGUAUUUUUUCAUUAUUCGUAAUAGUUUUGUCUCAUAUUAGUUAUAUUUUUUGAUAUUUUAUAUAAAUAAUUGCAUGCUUCACGCUUAAUAUCACUAUAAUGAAACAAAUUGUCUACUUGCAGUAAAUCAAUAAUUCUAAUACAUUUACUAAACGUUUUAAUGUUGGUCUUUUGUUUUUUAUUUGUCUUUUACAUUAUGCAUAAUAUUUUUAAUAGAAAUAAAUUCGGGAAAUUUUUUGAAUAGUGUUUCUACAGAUUUUUUAUACGUUUUUCUUUCUUUAGCUAUUUAAGUAUGUGUUCGAUAUAUUUUUUAUUAAUUGUUAGAUAUAUAUCUAUUGUUUCUAUUUUGUAUGUCAUCUAAUUUUUGCUUGUUUUUGGUAACAGUUCAUUUAAUUGUUUUUAAAUAAAACUUUUAUAUUUGGUUUCUUGCUUAUAUAGCGUAAAUUAACUUCCGGUGUAGAUAUUUAUUUGUCUUUGUAAGUUUUUGGUCCCAAAACAAUUAGAUUUGCACGAUUGCUUCUUGUAUAUAUGCCACACAGAUUGAGACAGUCAUCAGCAGAUCCAAAUAAUACGAAUACUGUCAGGCCCGUUUUACCGAAUAGGCACGGUAGGCACGUGCCUAGGGCGCUAGGUUUUGGGGGGCGCAAAAAAAAAUUGCCGUGGUUGUAUCAGCAUGCCUCAUUUCAUUUAUUGCGCCACUGCCGAAAGCCGACAUCUGACCCAAAUCACAGCCCGCCCGGCGCUCCGCGCUGUACUUAACGUGCCACUUGUGGCCGUGUGCCAGCCACACAGCCCGCCUCGCGCCCCCUUCCACCGCCACUGGUUGCUAGUCAACCACGCUCGGCCUCUCUCUCCGCCCGCACCCCGACCACCCUCCCCACUUCCUACCGUGGAUUGAUUACGCCUGUCACAACUUGAAAAUCUGUAGUUGUUGUUGUUUACUUUUUUGGAUGAUUUGUGACAACGUGUAUCAUUAUGAAUUGAAAGUAUAUUCUUUUGUCCUAGUCAAUGUGAUAUCUGUAGGUGCUGAAGUGAAGACUGAAGACUGUGGUAGUGGUGUGGUUUAAUAUCGGUAUAGUAUAGUGUGACCACAGAUAAAAGAAGUUCUUUUAUCCAUGUUGUGACCCUCUUAGUAUUUUGAACAAUAUACUGUGAAACAAAUUCUGUGAUCAAGAAGAAGGGACAAUUUAUUUGCGCGUAAGUAAAUUGAAUAGAAGUAACACAGCAAAUUGUGAUCUAAUUUUAUAAAGUAAAAUACAAGCAAUAAAACUCAUUCCAAAGGUUAUGCUCAUAUACAACAUUAUAAUAAUGUAUUAAUUUUAUUGAUAGGGCGGUUUUUUAAUAAAGUCGUGUGUUAUUGAGCUUCUCAAAGGAAUCGUAAUGAGUUCUUCAAAGCCAAGUGGUUCCGAGUUUCGUAAACGAGCGGCUGAAAAACACCAAAAAGAGCAAAAUGUUUUGAAAAAGAUCCCCAAAAUAUCCGGAUUUUUCAAGGUUGCGCCAAAACCACAGAUAAACCUACAAAAUCCGUCUUCGUGUAAUCCAGUAAAAAAUGACCCCCUAAGAAUUCUCAUUCAUCCAUCAACGUCGGCCGCAGUAGAUUCAACAACUGCAAUCGCACACAGCAUACCUAACUCAGAAAAAAACCUGGAAGUAGAACGCCCGAAAAUCAAGCCUACGGACUCAGUUGAAGACCAAUAUAAUUUUGAGACUAAAGAGAAAGACCCUAUUCAUUCUCCAACGUCGGCCGAAUUAGAUACAACUAUUGCAAUUGUGCACGAGCACGACAGUAACUCAAACUCAGACACAAACCUCGUAGUAGAAAGUGUGAAGCCCAAAGACCCAGUUGAAGACCAAUACGAUUUUGAGCUUGAAGACCCGGCAUCAUGGAAUAUCAAAAAUGAAUCGCAAGUAAAUAAAAUAAUAAGUUCUGAAUUUGAUCAAAAUCUUCUGCAAGCUGAUUUUUCAAAGUCUGAACAUCACGGCGAUGGAAAAAGUAAGGUGAAACGGAAGCUUUCGGUCAACUUAUUUCUUGUCACGCUUCCGAACGGAGAAAAGAUCAAAAAAGACUGGCUUAUUUACUCGCAAUCAACAGGGCAGGUAUUUUGUAAAUUCUGCCUUAUUUUUCAACCAGAGGACAAAUCCACAUCUUUUAACAAAGGGUUUAAUGAUUGGAAAAAUUCCUUUGCAUUAGCUGAGAAACAUGAAAAAUCUGACGACCACAGGGCUAAUGUUUUGAAAUUUAUUUUGAGGAAAAAGACCACAUCUAAUGUCACCAAACAAAUUCAAAGUCAAUACCAGGAAGAAGUGAAAUAUUGGCGAGAAAUAUUGACAAGAGUUGUGUCUAUUGUAAAAUUUUUGUCGAGUAGAGGUCUCCCAUUUAGAGGUGAUAACCAAACGUUUGGAUCUACAUCAAACGGACUUUUUCUAGGCUGUCUUGAGCUGAUAAGUGAAUUUGAUCCGUUUCUCGCCCAACACAUAGCAACACAUAGUAACAAAGGCAAAGGUAGUGUAUCGUACCUUUCGUCUGACAUUUGCAAUGAAUAUAUUGAGAUUAUGAGCAAAGAAGUACUGAAACAAAUCUUGAAUGAAAUCAGGCAAGCUCGCUAUUUCUCUUUAAUCAUAGACUCCACACCUGACGUGUCGCACACAGACCAAUUGGCUGUAAUACUUCGGUAUGUUUCAUUGCCCAAUGCUUGCGCCAACGAACGCCUGAUACAACUCUUACCAAGUGUAUGCCACAAAUCUGGAAGUUUGGAAGAAGCAACCCUCAGUUUACUUGAGAAACUUGAGCUGGAUAUCGAUAACUGUCGUGGACAAAGUUACGACAAUGCAUCAAACAUGUCGGGCAUAUACUCAGGUCUUCAGGCAAGGAUUAAAAGCAAAAAAUGAUCUUGCUGACUAUGUACCAUGUGCAGCCCACUCACUAAACCUUGCUGGGUGUUUUGCUGCCGAGAAGGCGUGUCCAGAAGCCACAAUAUUUCUUACAUUCGUACAAGGGCUGUAUGCUUUUUUCUCGGCAUCCACUUACAGGUGGAACAUCCUAAAAAGUCAUAUUGAAAAGAUUAAAGAAGGAAAAUCAAAGAAAGAUCAGAGAAAGCUAAUGGUAAAACCCCUGAGUGACACAAGAUGGUCUGCUAGGGCAGACGCCCUUCGAGCUUUAAAAAUAAGUCGACAUGAAUUAAAAGAUGCUCUUGAAGAGCUAAAUAAAGACAAUACUCAGACACCAGCAACACAAUGCACAGCCGCUGGGUUUCUAAAAACACUUGGACAUUUCCAAACCACGUUAUUAACUGUGAUCUGGGACGAAAUUCUCGACAGAGUUGAUAAAACAAGUAAGACUCUUCAAAAUCAAGAUUUAGACCUAUUUGGUGCCACAAAGGAACUUGAAACACUAUCUUCGUUUUUGAGUGAAAAGAGAGAUUUAUUUGAUGAUUUCGAGUCCAAAGCAUUGAAACUUGCAGAAAAAGAAGAAGCUGUAUACGACAAAGUAAGAAAAAGAAAGUUAUUGCCCGAUGAAAAGGACAGAAGCAUGGAAGAAACAUCUUCUCGAGAAAGAUUUCGCACUGGGGUGUUUAUUGCCAUUGUUGACAACAUAGCUUAGGUGGCUUGUGAAGCUAAACUGUUAGGAGAAGUAUACAAAAAUGAUAUUGAUGGGGAAGACUUUGCCCAGGAAUGUAACCAUUUCAAACAAUACAUGGUUUUGGAGAACCUUUCUAAGAUCAAAGAAAUGUACGCCUACAUAAAAUCAAACAGAUUAGAGAACACUUUCCCCAAUUUGGAGGUUGCUCUCAGGAUAUUUCUAACCUUACCUGUGACGAACUGCACAGCUGAACGUAGCUUUUCAGCUUUGAAAAGAGUGAAGUCAGAAAUUAGAUCGUCGAUGGUUGAUGAAAAGCUUAAUGGCUUAUUGUUGCUGUGCACCCAAAACGACAUUACUUUAAAAUUAGACUACAAAAACAUUAUUGACGACUUUGCAACACGGAAAACCAGAAAAAAGCUAUUGUAUGAAUCUCUAGUCAGUCUAGUGGUAAGCCAACAAACCAAAAAUAAUCCAAAGAAAAUGUGAUUAAACGAAUACUGUAAAUAAUGUAAAUACUUCAAAUGUAAAGAAGGGAGGGUGGGUGGUCCGUGAUGCCGUGAGGUACGUUACACGCAUUCCCACCGGAGGCCAGUAGAUACCUCACGGCUACCGGUUGCCAGUCCGGGACACGGCGGGUCCAUAGGUGGUGGAUAAUGGGAAGGCUGUCGAAAAGAAUCAGGAUAAUUUGUAAAGGAGAGUUAAGGGACAUUAAGUCUAAAGUCCUCCCGAACCAAAACUGGCAUUUCAGACUAAAUCUAAAUUUACGGGGUGUAGGCGCGUUAUGGUAGGGCUGGUGGGGGGAAGGGGAGGGGCGUAAUCAGCUGUAAGGGGUAUAAAAAGGGGCGCUACUCUUCGUUGUGCCUAGGGCGCUGGCAGGGAGUAAAACGGGCCUGAAUACUGUAAUAUUCUAUAACUGGUAUCUGUCAAGACGAUUGCAGUUCUCGUCCUAUAGUAAAAUAUAAGUCUAUAAUAGGUCUGGAUCCCGCGUAUGAAAAAAAAGUUGAUUAAUAGCAAGCUGAAAAUUUGUUAAUAGCUUAAGGGUGUCUAGUCGGACAAACUUUGAUAUAUGGGAACACUGAAACAGGGGCAGUUUUAAUUGUGGAACAGGUUAAAAAUUUGGAACGGUCACACCACGAAAACGGCACAUUUAUUUUGUCCGACAGAACAGACUUAAACUCUCCGAACAGAGAAUAAACUCUCAUGCAAAAAAUCAGACUGCUAUUUAUCACCUGUCAUAAUUCCUGUCACUUGACAUAGUCUACAUGUUCCACUCAUUAAAACGCCCAUUUGGUGACAAAUAGCAGUCUGAUUUUUGCAUGAGAGUUUAAUCUCUGUUCGAAGAGUUUAAGUCUGUUCUGUCGGACAAAAUACAUGUGCCGUUUUCGUGGUCUGACCGUUCCAAAUUUUUAACCUGUUCCACAAUUAAAACUUCCAGUGUUCCCAUAUAUCAUAGUUUGUCCGACUAGACACCCUUAAGCUAUUAACAAAUUUUCAGCUUGCUAUUAAUCAACUUUUUUUUCAUACGCGGGAUCCAGACCUAUUAGUGAUAGGCUGUAAAAAGGAAGAACUGAAUUGAGGUCCACAUGUGCUACGUGUGGGGGAUGGUUAGGUGUACGUCAUGUUGUAUUGGUAACAAUAUAGCAGUUACUUAUACAGACUGAUGUCGGGUACCUCAAUUCUGUGUGCAGCACGUACCCCAAAGGUUUAUUGUUUAUAAGAUAUUGUAUAUUGUGUAACCACACAUGUAAAAAUGUAAGAUCUUUUUAUAGAAGUAUGUAUAUUUCUGUAUCCACAGAGUCUCUGAUCGAUGCAUGUCUGUCUUUAAGGACAUUCUCUUCUUCUUGUUGUAGUUCCUUCUCCUAUGGGAGGUUGGCUAUCAUCACAGCUAUCCGUACCUUAUUGGCGGCGGCUCUGAAAAGAUCUACUGAGCUGCAACUAUACCACUCUCUUAAGUUUCUCAGCGAGGAAAUUCUUCUUCUACAUAUGGAUCUUUUCCCCUUAAUUUUGCCCUGCAUUAUGAGCCGUAAUAUCUCAUAUUUCGCACCUCUAGUAAUGUAGCCCAAAUAUUCCAGCUUUCUUGUUUUGAUGUCCUUUAUCACCUCGCAAUACUUUUGUAGCCUUCUAAGCACCUCUUCAUUCGUAACUCGUUGGAUCCAUGGUAUUUUCAAAAUCCUUCUAUAGCACCACAUCUCAAAUGCUUCUAACUUCUUUGUGUUGUCUACUGUCAGUGUCCAGCCUUCCAUUCCAUACAACAAAGUCGAGAACACGUAGCAUCUUAAGGCUCUUAUUCUCAGCUCCAGAGGAAGGUCUCGAUUAACAAACAUUUUUUUCAUUUUUAUUAAUGCCUUUCUUGCAAUUUCGAUGCGUGUCCUGAUUUUUUACCGUGGUCGUUGUUUUCUGUUACCCUGAUUCCCGGAUAUUUGUAGGUAUUUACUCUUUCUACUUGUUUUCCCUCGAUAUCUAGCCUUUAUACUGUGUGUUGCUUAGAAAUAAUCAUGACCUUGGUUUUCUUAACGUUAAUUUGUAGUCCAUAUUUUGUACUGACUAGAUGUAAUCUAUUUACUAAUCGUUGCAGUGCUUCUAGACUGUCUGCAAAAAUAGCGGUGUCGUCUGCGAAUCUUAUGUUGUUCAAGAUUUUUCCGUUUAUUGACAUACCCUGUUCUGCCUCUGAUAUUGAUUCCUUAAUAAUAGCUUCGCUGUACAGAUUGAAUAACAAUGGAGACAACACGCAACCCUGUCUAACACCUCUUUUAAUUUCUAUGACAUUCUAGGACAUUUUCACAGAGAUAUGAGUGUCCAAGAGACCAAAUAUGUAUUUCACUAGGUCAAGCAACCAGACACAUAGAAGAAUCAUAAUUGACGAUUUUGAACAGGAUGGCUUGGACAUCUUCACAUACCUAGGCUCGCUGUUGGCUAAUGAUAAUGUCAGCGAAGAAAUUAAAAGAAGAAUAUUGCUUGGCAAUAAGUGUUAGUACAGUCGAAACCGCAUAUUAGAAUACCUGAUAUAGGAAUAUCCCGGUUUAAGGAAUAGAAAUUUGAGGUCCCGACAUGUUUUUACUAGCCACCAAUGAUCGGUUAUUAGAAUAUACCGGUUAUAGGAAUACUUUUGCUUGGCACGAAGGCUAUUUCAAUAAGCGGGUUCGACUGUAUAUACCUUGAGAAGACUUCUUCUUCUUAAAGUUCCCUCUCCUAUCAUAGGUUGGAUAUCAUAAUGGCUAUGGUGACUUUGUUGGCUGCUGCUCUGAAUAGUUGUAAUGAACUACAGUUAAACCAUUCUCUAAGGUUCCUCAGCCAGGAGAUGCGUCUUCUUCCUAUGCUUCUUCUUCCGUGGAUCCUUCGUUACGAAAUAAUUCUCAGCAACUCAUAUUUUUCUCCUCUGGUAAUGUGACCCAAAUAUUCCAGUUUUCUAGUUUUUAUACUUUUUAUAAUUUCUAACUCUUUAUUUAAACGUCGUAGCACUUCAACAUUGGUAAUCCUUUGAACCCACUGAAUUUUCAAUAUUCUUCUGUAACACCACAUUUCGAACGCUUCUAUUCUUCUUAUGUGUUGUCUCUUCAAUGUCCAAGCUUCCAUUUCGUAUAGCAAUAUAGAAAAUAUGCAGCAUCUUAGAGCCCUCAAUCUGAGAGGCAAAUGAAGGUCUUUGUUUGUAAGCAGUGUCUUCAUUUUUAUAAAUGCUUGCCUUGCAGUUUCAAUUCGGACUUUAAUUUCUUUGCUUUGGUCAUUUUUGUCAUCAACCCAGGUUCCCAGAUAUUUGUAUGUCUUAACUUUUUCUAUUCGGGUUUGCUCUAUCAUUAACCUUUCAUUUCCAUGUUCUGUUUUUGAGACAAUCAUAAAUUUAGUUUUAUUCUUGUUUAUUUUUAGUCCAUAUCGAAUGCAAUAAUCGUUAAUUCUAUUUAGCAAUUCUUGUAGCGAUCCCAGGGUGUCUGCCAUUAUAACGAUGUCAUCAGCGAAUCUUGUGUUAUUUACUAUUUUUCCGUUUAUAGAGAUUCUAUCACUUAGCUCCGCUAUCGCUUCCUGAAAUAUGGCUUCACUGUACAGGUUAAACAGUAGCGGCGACAGAACACAACCCUGUCUUACUCAUGUCUUUAUAUCAAUAUUCUCGGAUUCUUGUUCUUCUAUCUUUAUAUUGGCCUUUUGAUUCCAAUGAAGAUUAAUGAUAAUUCGUAAAUCUCGUCUGUCUAUAUCUCUGUUUUUCAAUAAUUCUAUUAGUUUUUCAUCUGGGACCCUGUCGAACGCUUUUUCGAGGUCGAUGAAACAGGAAUAAAUAAAUGAGAAGACAGAUGGCCUCAAAACUACUGGCCGGCUAUAAAACACUAAUAAAACACCAGUGCUAACAUGUGAAGUAGAAACGUGGUCACUUGCACAGAAGAACCAGGAACUGCUUAAACGUUUUAAGUGAAAAAUCAUCAAAAGAAUCUAUAUCGAUCUAAUUAGCCUUCUUCGGUCCAUCUUCAGAAGUAGGCCUCCCAUUCUUCUCUUAUUCGCUACAGUCAUCCACUUAGAGCCCACGUGCUUCUUGGUAUCAUCUGCCCAUCUCAGUUGGGGCCUUCCUUUGCUUCGUUUAUACUCCCACGGUCUCCAAUUUAUAAGAAUUUUGUUACAUUGGUCUUUUUUUAUUAUAUGUUGUGUCUUAUCUAACUAACAUCUUAUAUUUACUUUACUGUUUAUUGUUAUCCGUUAGUCUUAUGUGCAACAUUUGCCUUUGUAAACCUGCACGUUUGGGAACCAUAAGUGAGAACAGGGAGUACGCAUUGAUUAUAUACCUUGGUCUUAAGAUGUUGUGGACAUCUUUUGUUUUUAAGGAUUUGGCUUAGUUUGCCAAAUGCCGCCCAUACUAGUCUAACUCGUCUUUUGAUCUCUGCUGUUUGUUUUCCUUGUUUAUAACUUGACCCAGAUAUAUAAUGGUGCACUUGCUCUAUUUCAUCUUGUCCGAUCCUCAUUGUGAUGUCCUUAUCUGUAUUUGUUAUGAUUUUGGUCUUGCUGUAAUUCAUAUCUAUCUUUCCAGCUUCUAUGACCAGUUCUUUUAUCAUUUCAAACAAUUCUUCUUUUUUAUCAGUUAUCAAUACGAUGUCAUCGGCGUAUCUUAAAUGGUUCAAGCGUUGUCCACAAAUUUUUUUAUAGAUUAUCCUAAAAAGAAUAUAUGGAGGAAUAAAAGAGCAAGAUUUAUUGUGUAUGCGUUGCAACUUUGAGUUGUGUAGAAUUGUAUUGCUGUAACUUCAGAGAACCUGACGCUGUAAAGUUCAGGAUGUAAUCAGGCGAGAGAAAGGUGCAACAAUCAGAAAAGUUUUUGACCGAAGAGGGCCGAUGGAACAACGAGCCAGAGGAAUACCGAGACUUGGGUAUCAAAAUAUCCUGCAGAACGAUUUUAAAUCUAUUGAAGUUGGAACAAGCAGAAGAGUUUCCAGAGAGCCAGGGGUGAACGGAGGAUUGUUCUGAAGAAGGCUUUGGAUCAUAACGAGCCGUGCUUCCUCUACCCCAUAUACUAGCAUCAUUUAGUUUUUUAUGACUGACAUAAGGAAAACAUUUAUGAAAAUACAAACAUGGUUCAACCAGCAGGAUGAAUAUAGACAUAUUAAAUGAAUAAUGAAACACACUUGGAGUGAACACUCCUACAAGAGUAUCCUAACAUGAAGCCUUCGAUAAUACCAGUGAUUUCAUAUAAAAAUAGUAGAUGUAUUUGAAUAUUUUUUUAUAUUUUGGAAUAUAUUUUUAAAUAAAAAAUAAAUUGUUUUAAAUUUUA